CCAAAAUUCGUCCGAUUUCAUCCAGUUCCUGGUUGCUUUCCAAAACAAGCGCCGUACACAGUAGGUUGAUUUCUACUUUUCUUGAUGCCAGCGGUGCCAGCACUUUUUGUUCUCAGUUUCCCGAUGAGGUGAUUGGGCUUGCCGCUUUGCUUCCACAACAACAUCGCGUUUUCCCCUUCGUCCCAAGGUCGUGUUUCCGAGGCGACCGUUGGCGGAGACCCCGAUCGCAUUGGGAUCAUGUCGCUUCCUCAGAGACCGGGCGCGACGCCCUCGUACGAAGAACGCCAUAGCUACCGACAGUCACAAUCGCGACGCCAGCAGCGUCCCGCCGAUGUCGAGGCCGGCGGCUAUGUCCCCGUCGGCGGCGGGCAGCCACUCCAUCAACAGAGAACCCCCCUGUCGCCAACAUCACCCCACGCGCACGCGCCGGACUCGCCCUUCCAGCGCAAGAGGAGCCUCGUCAGGCCGGAGCGGAAUAGGAUAGGGAAAGACCACCCAAACUAUCACUACCGGAAGCAUGCGGCGAAUAUGAACAUAUUGCCGUCCUCGACGGGCAAUGACCCCAUUGCGGAGGACCUGGAAGGGACAACCGACUUAUCUAAUUCUAAUUCCGGCUCGAGGAACGACGAGGUUCUUACAGACGCCACUCCGUCGCCGAGGAGGGUCCGUUCAAAAAAGCACCGCAGUGUUGAGACGGAGAAGCCAAGCCGGGCGAGGCGGAGGGCGUCGAGCGCGGCGAAACACGGCAAAAUCACGAAGGAGUCGAAGCGUCAGCGGCAGCAGGCCGAACAGUUGCGGCCACCGAGUCUCUGGAACAUCUACUGCUCGAUAAUAACGUUCUGGUGCCCCGGUUUCAUCCUCAAGUGCUUUGGGUUACCCGCCAAGGCCCAGCAGAGAGCAUGGAGGGAGAAGAUGGGUCUCAUCAGCAUUAUCUUGUUCAUCAUGGGCGUUGUGGGCUUUCUCACCUUCGGCUUUACUCAAGUCGUCUGUGGCUCGCCCCCAUUGCGACUGCGGGUGAACGAGGUCGGCUCGGGUUACAUGAUCUUCCACGGAUCUGCCUACAACUUCGAAGGAUCCGGCCAUCCCGUAGCGGAAGGGAUCCCCCUCCGUGCGGACGGCAACGCCUCCAACGUGCUCUACGACUUGCCCGAAAAGCACGGCGGGAAAGACGGAAGCUUCUUGUUCCAGAACGUCAACGGCAAGUGCAAGGGGCUCAUCUCAGCAGCGCCGGAUUCAGAUGUCCCGACCGACGGGAGCGGCGGUUUGGCAUGGUACUUCCCUUGCACAACCUUCCACCAGGACGGUUCUACGCGGCCCAACAUGACGAUCCCGUACUACCCCGGUUAUGCCUGCCACACGAGUGCCCGGGCCCGAGACACGUUCUACCUAGAACUUAGCGGUGCUGCCGAUGUCUACUUCACCUGGGACGACAUCAAGAACAGCUCCCGCAACCUCGUUGUUUAUUCUGGCAAUGUCCUCGAUUUGGACCUGUUGCAUUGGUUCGACGAUUCGCAAGUCACCUACCCCGCGCGCUUCAAGGAGCUGAGAGACACCGACUCGGCAGCAAACCAGGCCAUCCGGGGCCGCGACAUCACACGCGCUUUUCAGUCCUCCAGUGACAAGCAGUAUGCCGAGUGCUUCGAGGAGAUCCUCAAGGUGGGGUCGGUUGACACGGACACUGUUGGGUGCAUCGCGUCCAAGGUCGUUCUCUACCUUUCACUCGUCUUGAUUCUGUCCGUUGUGGUCGCAAGGUUCGUGCUCGCCAUCGUCUUCCAAUGGUUUAUCAGCAAGACCUAUGCUGCGUCCAAGACCUCGCAGACAGCGGACCUGCGAAAGCGCAACAGGCAGAUUGAGGACUGGUCCGAGGACAUCUACCGAGCCCCGCCCCGCAUGCCCGGCGACCUUGGAAGCAGCGUCAACGGCUCCGAUCGGCAGAGCAAGCGCAGCAGCACCUUCCUCCCCACAACAUCCCGGUUCUCUGCUGUUUACGGUAACGAGCGUGGUAAUCGGAGGUCGGGGGUUCCCACCACCAUGGCAAGCCAGAACGCGGCCGGUCAGCUCCUCAACCCCAACUUGAUGUAUCGGCAAGGUAACGACAGCCGGUCGAGCUUCCUCAAAUCAGACCCGUACGCCACAAGCAACAGCCCUACCGAUGGACCUGGACCUGCCGGUUUUAUUCACGAGGCCGUGGUUCCCCAGCCCCCCUCAGACUGGGUGCCGUUCGGCUAUCCCCUGGCCCAUGCGAUCUGCUUGGUGACUGCCUACUCGGAAGGUGAGCUGGGCAUCCGGACAACUCUGGAUUCCAUCGCCAUGACGGACUACCCCAACAGCCAUAAGGCGAUUCUGGUCAUCUGCGACGGCAUCAUCAAGGGCGAGGGAGAAACAUCUUCGACCCCGGACAUUGUUUUGAGCAUGGUGAAGGAUCACAGCACCCCCCCUGAGCAGGUCGAAGCAUUCUCGUACGUCGCCGUCGCUAGCGGCUCGAAGCGGCACAACAUGGCCAAGAUCUACUCUGGCUUCUACGACUACGGCGCCAAGUCGGCCAUUCCCCUUGAAAAGCAGCAGCGGGUUCCCAUGAUGGUGGUUGUGAAGUGCGGUACUCCAGACGAAGCGACCAAGUCGAAGCCCGGAAACCGCGGCAAGCGUGACAGCCAGAUCAUUCUGAUGUCUUUCCUCCAGAAGGUCAUGUUCGACGAGCGGAUGACGGAGCUCGAGUACGAGAUGUUUAACGGACUAUGGAAGGUCACGGGCAUCUCACCCGACUUCUACGAGAUCGUGCUCAUGGUGGACGCCGACACGAACGUUUUCCCCGACAGUCUGACGCACAUGAUUUCUGCCAUGGUCAAAGACCCGGAGAUCAUGGGAUUGUGUGGCGAGACAAAGAUCGCGAACAAGCGGGCCAGCUGGGUCUCGGCCAUCCAGGUCUUCGAGUACUUCAUCUCUCACCACCUCGCCAAGUCUUUCGAAUCGGUCUUUGGUGGUGUCACCUGCCUUCCCGGAUGCUUCUGCAUGUACCGCAUCAAGGCGCCCAAGGGCGCUCAGAACUACUGGGUCCCGAUCCUGGCAAACCCGGAUGUGGUUGAACACUACUCGGAAAACGUGGUUGAUACGCUGCACAAGAAGAACCUUCUCCUGCUCGGUGAGGAUCGGUACCUGUCGACUCUGAUGCUCCGGACUUUCCCCAAGCGCAAGCAGGUCUUUGUGCCGCAGGCUGUGUGCAAGACGACGGUGCCGGACACGUUUAUGGUGCUGCUCUCACAACGCCGUCGCUGGAUCAACUCGACCAUCCACAACCUGAUGGAGCUUGUCCUAGUCAGGGACCUGUGCGGCACAUUCUGCUUCAGCAUGCAGUUCAUCGUCUUUAUCGAGCUUAUCGGUACCCUUGUCUUGCCUGCCGCCAUUGCGUUCACAUUUUAUGUUGUUAUCAUUUCUAUCGUCAAUCAACCUCCGCAGAUCAUCCCCCUCAUUCUGCUCGGUCUUAUUUUGGGCCUGCCAGCGGUCCUCAUCGUCGUGACAGCGCACAGCUGGUCCUACGUCGUGUGGAUGUUCAUCUAUUUGCUCUCAUUGCCCGUCUGGAACUUUGUACUGCCGACGUAUUCGUUCUGGAAGUUCGAUGACUUCUCGUGGGGCGACACCAGAAAGACGGCGGGCGAAAAGACCAAGAAGGCGGGCAUCGAAUACGAGGGCGAGUUCGACAGCAGCAAGAUCACCAUGAAGCGGUGGGCCGAGUUCGAGCGUGACCGCAGGAUCCGCAACAACAGCUACUGGGGCUCCACCGAGAACAUCGUCGGUGGCGGGAGCCAACCGGUGAGCCAUGGACCGUACGACGGUUACUAUUCGGAUCAGUGAGCUUGGGGUAGCGUGCUUGGAGAGCCUUCUUUUCUUCCUUUAAACUUGGGGCGCUCGCCUGUCUUCCCUCUUUCUUCGUUCUGCCUCGAGCCCGCUUGUGCUUUUUUUUUUUUUUAUAACUUGGCCAUGAUCUCUGAGAAUCGGAGAAAUUCAGGAGCAUCCUGAUGGCGCACGUUUGGCUCUUCCGGACGCCUUGGUUUAUGAUAAGCGUUGACGUUGUAUAUAAUUGCGCGAAGGCCGUAGUACGCUGUUAAUAAU